GCAGUGGUUGCUAGGAUACGGUAGAGACGCGUUUGUGUCGUGGUGUUUGCGAUAGUUGGUGAAACCAUGUCUGAGGAAAAAGCAGAGAAAUCCACAACUGAUGAAAAUGCCUUUGAGGCACUGGAGAAAGACUUCCAGCAGGUGCUCAGUGAGCUGACAGGGGAUAAAAGCCUGGAAAGGUUUAGAAUUGAGUACGAGAAACUUCAUGGGGUCCUGAAGAAAUCUUAUGAAAAUGAAAAGCGACUGAUGGCAAAAUGCAGGGAAUUGAAUGCAGAGAUUGUGGCUAAUUCAGCCAAGGUAGUGACAGCUCUCAAACUGUCCGAGGAAGACCAGUCAACUAUUGCCUCAUUAAAAAAGGAGAUCGAAAAGGCAUGGAAGAUGGUGGAUGCAGCUUAUGAAAAGGAACAGAACGCAAAAGAAACCAUUAGCCUAUUGAAAGAGGAAAUUAAUAACCUGACAAAAUUAGUUGAACAAGGUUCUGGAUUUGCGAUGGGCCAGGAACACAGUUUGAAUGACUUACUUAACAUGAAGGAAGAUCUUACAAAGGAGCGAGACCAGCUUCUGUCCGAGGUGGUGCAACUGCGUGAGAACUUGAUGGUUGCCAGUCAACAGCAACAAGAAGCAGAGAAGGCAAAAGAAGAGACAGAGCAAAACAUUGCAGAGCUCCAGCAGGAAAUCCAGAUGCGGCAGAAUGAAGCAUCACGUGAGUCACGUAAGAAGGAGAAGAUGGAAAAGGACUUGAAAAACGCAAACAUCGAUCUGGAGAAUAAACAGACGGAAUUAAAGACUUUUCAGCAGACCCUGCAAAAGAACAAAGAUGAACUCCUAAGGCUGGAACAGCAAAUCAAAGAACACAAAAUCCAAAAUGAACGGGUUGGGAAAGAACUGGAACAGUUCCAAGUCAAAAAUUCUAAACUUCAGCAAGAAAACGAACAGCACAAUGUCAUAAAUGAGCAGAUCAUGCAGGAGAACCAGCAGAAGAGUGUGGAUUUAAAGGUCAAAGAGGAUGAGGGGAUCCAGAUGCGCCAAGAAAUAUCUAAAAUUACAAAAGCCAGGGAGGCGUUGCAAAGAAAGUGCCGCCAAGUAGAACAACAAAAGUACGAAGUGGAACAGCAGCGCGAAACGUUGAAAAAUCAAAUCAUUGGAGUGGAGAGAGAGCUGGAACUGGCAAAGAAACAAACGGAGCUCGAUAAGAAGGCCAUGGAUGAGCUGGUGAGAGAGAGAGACAUAUUGAACAAGAAUCUCCUGAAAGCUGCCGGGGCCACGGAAAAACAGAUCAAUCUAGUUAAGAUCCACGAACAGUCAAAGAAAAACCUGGAGGAAGAGAUUCAGAAUUAUAAAGAUGAGGCCCAAAAGCAACGUAAAAUUAUUUACCAACUUGAGAAAGAAAGAGAUCGCUAUAUCAAUGAGGCCAGCGACCUCACACAGAAAGUCCUUCAGCACAUGGAGGAUAUAAAAGUGCGGGAAAUGCAAAUUUUCGACUACAAGAAAAAGAUUGCCGAGGCUGAGACAAAGCUAAAACAACAGCAGAAUCUGUACGAGGCAGUGAGAUCGGACAGAAACCUGUACAGCAAGAACCUCAUAGAGGCUCAGGAUGAAAUAACAGAAAUGAAGAGAAAGCUAAAAAUCAUGAACCAUCAAGUUGACCAGCUGAAGGAAGAGAUUUCUUCGAAAGAAGCCUCCCUUGUCAAGGUGCAGCUCGAUCACCAGCGUCUGGAGAAAGAGAAGGAGGCUCUGAAGGCUGAGCUACAGAGGAUGGUGCAGCAAAGUAUUGAGGCAAAACAGUUCAUCGAAAAUCAGGAAGCUGAAGAACGGAAACUGUUAAAGAUAAUCGCCGAGGCGGACGCAGACCGAAUAAGACAGAAGAAAGAGCUUGACCAGGUUAUAAGUGAGAGGGAUAUUCUGGGUACGCAGCUGGUGCGCAGAAAUGAUGAACUGGCUUUACUCUACGAAAAGAUCAAAAUCCACGAGUCCAUUUUAAACAAAGGCGAGAGUCAGUACAAGCAGAGAGUGGAGGACAUUCGGCUUCUUAAGCUGGAAAUCAAGAAACUGAGGCGGGAGAAAGGAAUCCUCACAAAGACUGUCACAAACGUGGACGAUCUGAGGCGAGAGGUGUAUCGUAUGCAGCGGGAACUAUUGAAGGAACGCACGAGGUGCAGAGCAUUGGAAGAGGAACUGGAGAAACCAAUGAAUGUUCACAGAUGGAGGAAGCUAGAGGCCAGUGACCCCAGCACCUAUGAACUGAUCCAGAAGAUUCAAACACUCCAAAAACGCCUGAUCAGCAAGACAGAGGAAGUGGUGGAGAAAGAGCUCCUAUUGCAGGAGAAAGAGAAGUUAUAUGUGGAGUUGAAGCAUAUUCUUGCUCGGCAGCCGGGCCCAGAAGCUGCAGAACAGCUGCAGAUCUAUCAGCAGACCUUGCGUAAGAAGACAAAGCAGCUAAAGGCUCUUUCAUCAGAAAUUCAUAUGUAUGAGUCCCAGACAGAGGAAUACAGGCAUGAGAUCGAGAGAUUGGCCAACGAGCUGCAGGACAUAAAGAAAAAAUAUCUGAACCAGAAGCGCAAAGAACAACUGUCCAAGGAGAAACAGAGGAACAUGGCAGAGUCUGAUGUACCCGUGUUUCAACUGCAGAGAAUCGAUGCCCCUCGUUUUGCCGGAGGGGGGUUCCCUCUCACUCAUAUGACAAAGACCACAAGCUAAAUCUCACAUUGUGCUGAUUUGUAUCAUUUUUAAUAUUAUUUUGAGGCUGUUAAUAAAGUGUCAGUUCCCAGAGCCAACUCCAUCAGAAAUGUGUUUGUGUAAUUGUAAAGUUCACAUGAGUUCACCUGCAGCACAAUGGGCCUCCAGAUCUUUCUUGUAAAUGUACAGGGUUUUUAUUCCAGCCAUAAGAUGUUAUGGCUGCCUAUAUGUUUUCAUAUGUGCAUUGUAAGAAUUCUGUGUAUAAUGUUUGCAUACUGCUUCCUGUGUCACCCUUCAUUAUAUUCAUGGUGGUGGUUGCUGUCA